AGCAAACGAGAUAUUAAAAUGAGGAAACUUGACAGCACCAAAGUCCGGCCACUUAAAUCUGAGCAGCUUCUUCGCAUAGAGGACCACGACUUUGCAUUGAGACCUGGAUUUGGAGGGUCGCCAAUACCUGUGGGCAUUGAUGUGCAGGUAGAAAGCAUUGACAGCAUAUCUGAAGUUGACAUGGACUUCACAAUGACUUUAUAUCUCAGACAUUACUGGAAGGAUGAGAGACUUUCAUUUCGUAGUACCAAAAACAAAAGUAUGACUUUUGAUGGAAGACUGAUAAAAAAGAUCUGGGUACCUGAUGUGUUUUUUGUACACUCCAAAAGAUCUUUCAUCCAUGAUACAACCGUGGAAAAUGUCAUGCUCCGAGUGUACCCCGAUGGCAACGUACUCUUCAGUCUACGAAUAACAGUUUCUGCUAUGUGUUUCAUGGACUUCAGUAGGUUUCCUCUGGAUACCCAGAACUGUUCUUUAGAACUGGAAAGCUAUGCAUACAACGAAGAUGAUCUGAUGUUAUACUGGAAACAUGGAAAUGAGUCCUUGAGCACAGAUGAGCACAUCUCCCUCUCCCAGUUUUUCAUCGAAGAAUUCAGUGCUUCCAGCGGACUUGCGUUUUACAGCAGUACUGGCUGGUACAAUCGACUUUUCAUAAACUUUGCACUCCGGAGACAUAUUUUCUUUUUUGUGCUACAAUCGUAUUUCCCAGCCAUGCUGAUGGUGAUGCUAUCUUGGGUUUCUUUUUGGAUUGACAGAAGAGCCGUCCCUGCCAGGGUAUCACUAGGCAUAACUACGGUGCUGACAAUGUCAACCAUCAUCACAGGAGUAAGUGCCUCAAUGCCUCAAGUGUCUUACAUAAAGGCUGUGGAUGUGUAUUUAUGGAUCAGCUUCCUUUUUGUCUUCCUGUCUGUCAUUGAAUAUGCAGCAGUGAACUAUCUCACCACAAUUGAAGAGAGAAAGCAACUCAAGAAAAGGGGCAAGGCCUCAGGAAUGUAUAAUAUUGAUGCAGUGCAAGCAAUGGCUUUUGACGGCUGCUACCAUGAUCCUGAUGUUGAGAUGGACCUGCCUGCUUUCACUGACCGAUGUGAAGAGAAUGAAACUCGAGCACGAGCAAUCAGUGUCUCCAACGUGGGCACAGCUCGCAUCAAGAGGAAGAGAUCUUUUAAGGGAAAUGUGGGCAGGAUUAUUCUACAGAACAACCAUGUCAUUGACACAUAUUCCAGGAUUAUAUUUCCCAGUGUGUAUAUUGUGUUCAACUUUUUUUACUGGGGUUUGUACAUAUGAACAGAAAUCAUUAUAAGCUAGAUUUUAUCUUGGGUAUGUGAAUAAUGCAACAGCAGUAGAGGAAAGGGUUAAAAGCUUCUGAAACUGGCUUCUGCAUCAAACCAAGGCUGGUUUGGUUAACAGCAGAACUGCUGAUGGAAAAACUCUCACGGUCUGACCUUUCAGCUGGACUGCUCCAUAAUUCACUGGGACAACCCAAUGUGCGUGCUACUGCUGCAGUAUCACAGAAGCCACUUGCUCACUAAGGAAGCCCUUUAUCACACACCUAAACAGAUAGCAGCUCCUGGCCAAUGUGUUAUCCAGUGUCCAUCUAUGCUCUUACCAUUCCCUUUAAUUAGCCCUUCUGUUUGUUCUCCACUUGUUAUCCAGUUGUUUUGCAGUCAGCAGCAAUCACCUUCAAAUGGCCCCUACCCCAGCUUCACUUAAUGCAUUUCUGUUUUGCUAGACAACCUGUGUGCACCUCAGGAGCCUUUAUUCCUUGAUGGUAAGGAAGUGGGGAAAGCGACUGUGACUUAGCAGUGGGUUAGAAACCAGCAGAAAGCAGGAAGAGUUGAAGAGGUUUUGUACACUGUGCAUAAGCAAUGCCUCAAGAAAAAUCUUCCCGUCAGCUGUCCCUGGCUUUCCAUGAGGCUACUGGGAAGGACCUCUAUUUUGGAGAAAUCUUGCUCACUAGUCCCCAAGAUAGCACAGGAAUAAUGACCCAAACCAAUGCACUUGGGGUCUUACAGCCACCUCCCCAUGAGUAAAUAGCAUCACCUACACAAGGUGUGCCCUUCAUGUGACACCCCCACACCUGUGCCUCAUGUGCAACUACACUAAUCACCUGCUUUCUUCCUAGCUGCUCAUUCAGAAACCCAGCUUUCAGGAAGAUAUUUUAGAAUACUUUAUUAAGAAAACAAACAAACCUCUUUCUUCUGACAAAACUUGGGAUUUUGUCCCACCCUUGGCUUCUGAGAUUGAAAGUUACGAGGGGAGAAGCCAUUCAUGCCUGCAUGCGAUGCUCGUCCCCAUCACAGGCCAGGUUACUACACUGAGAUCUGAGAUACACAAGAAAUAAAAAGAAUCAGCUGUGCCAAAACAGAGCCACAUACAGGAAUCCUCCUGGUCCCAGAUGGAUGCUGCAUGGAAAUAAAUUGCCCUUACUGGGUAAGGGUAUACUGGCUAAGAAAGUAACACUUCUGGCUAAGAAAGUUGAAAAAAUCACAUUCAGGGACACAACAAAAGUGUUCACAACUCCAGAAAAGAAUGAAGAAUAUUUUUUGUGACUUCUCAAAGUAAGAAGCAUUUUUCACUUAAAUUUCCUGGUUUUAUCUGUCAUUUAAUGAAGUGGGUUUAAAUUUACAAAGUUGAUUCAAAAUAAUAAUUAGUGGUGGGAAAAAACAUCAAAAGGUCACUGCUUGGUUAAGAUUAUUAGGAAAUGGGAAUAAAUUUGGAAGUCUGAACCAUUCUCUGGUUUAUUUGAUUGUCCUGCUGGAAAUGUACAUCAAUGUCUCUUACUGUUUCAAAAAGCUGCAUUUGUCAAACUCCCAGUUACAGAGCUGGAAAAGCUAGCAACACAUUGUAUCCCGAGUGAUUGAAAUCUGAUGGAAUGAAUGGGUACUUUGGCAGACAAGUCCCUGCCAAACAAAUGAUCAGAGCGAAGGUGGCUUUGAUACUCUUCCAGGAAAUCCUGUCAUGGAAAGGAGAACCGUACCAGGCAUGACAAUGCUGGGAACGUAAAGUCAAAGGACACACAGGGCUUUGGCAACAGCAACGGCACAGCAGACCUCAAGCUGAGCAGAUGUGUAAUAUAAAUAUAUUAAAAAAUUACCAUGACAUUCUUGUUGCUUCACCACUAUUAUGAACACAUCCCACACAGAUGCUCCAGAUUUCCUGAGAAGAUCCCAGCUAAUUGCUCCAGAUGUGUGUCCUAAACUUGUACUAUGAGCUAAUGUAACAGCACUGUUUUCACAUCAUUUCUUUCUCGGCCUUAGUGGAAGAAAUACUGAUCCUGUAGCCAAAAGUGAAUCCCCAGCCUCCAACAGAAAAAAAUACCCUAAAUGAUUCUCGACCCAAGACAAUUCUGUUUUCUAAAUUACAUUAUAGGAUCUGUGGCAGCAGGAGCUCUCCAGUCUGGCCUGCCCAAGACCAUCAUAGACUCGCCACCAAACUGUCCCACACGUGGAAGCAUACAGGAGAAAAGCUUCAUACCCACUUUUACUUUCCUAGAAUAUCCUAUACAGGUACCUGAAAGUAGCUUAGUUUUCUUCGAUAGUGGAAACUGUUACUUAUUUUGCAACUGUGAAUGUAACCUUUGGCAGUGUUCUCAUCAUGGUGAGCAGUAUAUAGCAGUUUUAUGAUGAUAGCACUGGGGAUUGUUUAUUUUAAUGAUAAUACUGCAAACAUUUUUCAGCAAAGCUUAUAAUUUUUAUCUUCUCAAUGCACUGACAGGGAUGAUACCAGGAUCAAUUAUACUUUGCAGAUCCUUUCUUGUAAAAUAAUUUAAAAAUAUAUUUAAUCACAUUAUGUUAUUAACACUAUUAUUAUUAUUUUGCUUAGAGGGCUUUCUGAGCAUUAUCUGACUAAACUCCACAUGACCUCCUUUUGAAGUUUAUCUUCCAUAAGGGGAUGGUAAUAAAUACUUUCGGUCAGGUUUUCUGGACAAAUCAGCAUGGAGGUCCUUAAAGAAGUCUUCACAAGUAUUUUCCAUUCCUGUUAUUUGUGGCUGUUUUUGCAGUCAGCCAAAUAUAGUUCUGUUUCCCACAGCAUUUGCUAAAAGCUAAAAUGUCACAGACGUUAGGUAAAUACAUAUUUGUUGGAGUGUUCACCCUGGUGAUGUUCAAGCAGUUAUGCUGGUGGUACUUUGUGGAUUUUUGGAAAACAGAAAUAACAGAGUGUAAUGGCUCCUUGUCAGCAGCUGAAGUGCAGGAUGUGGCCUCCCUAUAUUUAGCCUCUGCUGCUACACCCAUCUGGAUUAAGAAAACAUCCUGGAAGCGUUAAUGUAGGUGAUCAAGCAGCAAACUUGUAAGUCUGGAGAACUGCUUCAUUCUUCAAAGCUUUAUAAUUCUUGUGGAAGGAGUAAGCGUAAUUCCAUACCGGUGACUCGUUUUUCAGAAAGCUACAACAUUGUAUGCCUUCAAAUAUCCCAACCAUUGAUGUUUACACCAAAAAAGUCACAAUGUGAUACAUUUUGAAAAGUGCCCUGAAUGCUGAGUGAUGCCGUGUUGAAUUAAUAAGUCAGAACUAGAAAGCAGAGAAUAUCUUCUCUUCUGCAGUGACAGCCCAGUGAAAAAAAUACUUGAUGGGGAAACGUCAACUUUUGUAAAUCCUCCAAUUACAGUUUGUACAAUUGGGAUAGUCUUAGUUUCAGCCCAGCAAAACUCACGCCCUAACAAACCUACACACUGCUCAGCCUGCAUUCCAUGGCCAAGAGACCACAAUGCUUUGCUCAUCUGGAGACCAAAGCAGUCCAGACAGACCAGCAGUCCAGUCCAAGGGCUGAAUAUGAUGAAUAGUAUUUGCUUUUUUUUCUCCUCCCUUCCCCCCAGUCCCUUCUUCUGCAUAUUAUAUUUUGCCAUUUUCUCCAUUCAGAAGAUAGGAAUUUUGUUGCUUUAAUGAAAUCAGAACCCCUUUGAAUCACACAGUGUUUGUUUGGAGGGACCCAACUUGUGCUGUGGCAGCAGGAAUUGCUUCUGUGUGAACAGCAAACUAACCACACAGAGGAGCAGGACUGCACAACCAUCUUGUGCCCGCAGAGUAACUACCCGUAGCUUUCAGCCAUACGCUGAAGGGCUGCUGAGGUUUCCAAAAUUCACCUUUUGUCAGUAGUUCUAUGAGGUAUGCUUGGAGCUGUCAGCACACAAAAACAAAAGCUCACCAAAACCGGCCUAAUUAUUUCUCUGACACCUCGCGGCCACUGUAAAGUAACCCAUUAACAGGCAUCUUUAAAAAAGACAACUAACGUUCUUUUCCAUAAGCUUUUAUGUGCUCAGUGAAGACUCUAAAGACUUUGGGAAUCAUCAGCGGAAGGGCACUGGAGCUAAGCCCCCGAUCCACGAAAAGACACACCCCAGGCACUUCGUUAUCCGUUAAGCAGAUCAAAUCCCAGACCAUAACCAACAGCGCAGGCCCUGCGCACCGCCGCCAUUUUG